CUCCCCCUCCCUCCGUCUGGAAACAAAUCGCCCGCGUCCCCCGUCCUUCAUCGUCCGGAAAAAACCGCAAACAGGAAAAUACUAAACCGCUGCCCACGACUCCACGCUGCCUCCCCAAUUCGUCUCCCGACCAACCUCUAGGCCGCCUCCGCGCAUAUCCGUGCUGCAGCCCUCUUGUGCGAUUCUUCCCUCGACCCCUUGUCGCUCCCUACAAUCGAAAUCGUUCCUCGAUCGAGAGAGCCGUGGCGGCGCGGGAGGUGCUAGACUGCUGGAGCACGGGGAAGGGGACGGAAGGAGGCACAGCAGCUGCAGAUGCCGGUGCCGGGCAGCCAGAACAGGCUUCCGAGGCCGGCCAAGACCCAGACCAUCCACGGCCUCGUGCGCGCCGGCGACCUCGCGGGCUUCCAGCGGAAGCUGCGGGAGAACCCCGCCCUCCUCAACGACAAGAACCCUGUGGUCCGUGCUUCUUGCGCUCCCCCAAUCCUCUCGUCCCGCAGAAGGAUUUCUUUAGUUGGGCGAAUACAGAAUGCGCGCAGGAUCGAAUAUAGAGGAAUAAACGAAGUGUCAAGCAAAGAGAAGAUGAACCUGGAGCUUCAGAAGGUGAGGGACAAGUUCAAGAUGUCCGAGAAUGCCUGGUUCUGCUUUAGUUCAAAGUGUGCCUCUUCAAUCUGCUCGUCCACACGAAGUGUCAAAAAAACAGAACGGACCAGGGCUGGUCUCAUUCUUCUGCUUUGACAUACAUAGAUGAUGAUAGUUUUUAAUCCCAUUGCAAUGAUUUCAGUUCCAGUUUCCGGCCAUAGUUUGUGCUGCUUUGGAAACCUUGUCUGAUGGUCUCAGGUCUCUAUCUUGUUCAAGACUCCCUAUCAGCAAUGCAACUAUAUUUCCCGAGUAGAUCCUGCCAAUGCUUUGUUUGCUACCAGAUGACACAUACAGUGUUAGAGUUUGCUGAAUGUUCCCUUGUUGACUGAAUGCACAUGGCAAACAUGCCCUUUUCUUCUCCAAA